AUGGAGGACAUGGUGACUGACGGUGGAGGAACUGAGGAUGAGCAAGAUGAUGUGCUGCUCAACGGUGAGUUUGACCUCGAGAAAAUUGAAGAAGAGAUUCGAAUGGAAAAAAUUCGACAAGCCGCCUCAAAGCAUUCAUGGGAGAAUUUCUCACAGUACCUUCGUAAAAAUCUCAUGGAGAAACGCAUCGUGCUGGACGCCGAUGAUCGUGAUGACGUGCAGAAUGUAUUGAGCGAUCUCCGAAAGCACAUGCCAUCAGAAGAGAACGGAGACUUCAUGGCGCACUUACGUCAGUUGGCUGAUAGUCUCUCGUGUGAAUUCCAAGCGCAGCCUGGCUACUAUGCUUUAAAGAGUGCCGAAUUGUCAGUGGAAAUUAGUAUGGACGGUGCACAAGUGUCUACCUGUACAGUGUCGUGGUUUGGUGAGCCCCCAACUGAGGCGAAUAUACUCAAAAAGUUGAUCACUCAGAACAAGUGGGGUACCAUAAAUAAUACUCUUUCGGUGAUGCUCAAGCUUAUUCCAUCGGCUCUUCAACGCGAAGAGAAAUGUGCGUGUAUGCGAUCAUUGGAGUUGAUCGAGAAAGACCUUCUGAACGCUUCUGUGAAUUCGAUCGAACUCCUGGAAAAGGAUCGUGUUUCUUCCACAGCAUCAUCUUCAUGCUCGUUAACUUCAUUACCUCUCAUCGACAAAAUCAAUUCGGGUCUUCUGGCAUUAUGUCAACCUCGCACUGAAUCUUCGCCAUUCACGAUACAUCUCAUCGCCGAACCAAAUGUGUUCUUUGAUCUGCAGUCAUCAACAUUUCUAGAUGCUGAUGAGCAAGCGAUAAGUGACUGCUCGAUAUUACCCUGUGCACGACUUUCGGUAGUUCCAGCACCAACGCCACAACUCUUCUCUGAUACAUCACUCUUCUCUGUAAUGAGUAAUGAAUGGUGUAACGUCGAGUCGGGAUGUAGGUUGCCAGCCACAUAUCGCCUUCGUUUCUCACGACCAAUCAUUUUUGGUGUUGAUUCGUUGAGGAAACUCUCAAGUGUUGCAGUUCUGCCGUUGAAUAUUGAGGGCACAGGUGGAGAUGCAACCGGAGUGGAUGCUAGUUCUGCUGUGGUCACUAAUAAACUUAACUUAUAUCAGUACCUUCGCGGUGAAGAUGAAGUGCAUAUUUCAAACUUUUUUGUUUUGUUAUUAUCGUCGUUGUUAAUACUUAAACAAAACGAAUUUGGAGCUUGUAAAUUCGAAAACAGUAUCUAUAAGUUGUCGUCGGGACAAAUUCGAAAUGAUUUGUUAGUCAGUCUGCCAGGAUGUGUAACACAACGUUAUGUACUCGAUCAGCUGAUGACGAACGCUCAUGAUGCUGGAAUUGUACGCGAGGUGACAUUUAUGCAUCCACGCGAUGUGCCUCUGAUAGUGGACACGGUUCGAACACAACUAGCGCAUAAUGCCCUCUUCGAGAGUCUGUUACGUGCACAUAAUCCGAAUGCUUCGUUGAGUAAUGCGCUCGAAAUACGACUCACUUCGGCAUCUACAAUCGUACAUUUCUAUAUUAAUUGUUGUAUUGAUAAAAUACAUGCCCAUCUAUUGUUUGUAGCUCGCAUAAAUGUGUCAUCUGGAAACAUGAGUGCUUCAAUUGAAUCGGUCGCGAGUGGUGCUGUUUUGGCUGAUGAAACACAAUAUGCUACCUCAAUUCUGGCCAAGUCAUGGUCAUUGGGAGUUAUGAUGCGCGGGGUGCUACGUCGGGGUGGAGCGGGUGGAAUGCAGGUCACUACGCUUAGCGAUGAUAGUGCGGUCCCAGAAAUGAAAGAUGAUAGUAAAAAUGAUAAUAAACAGAAUAAUAUUCUAUCGAAUGGGUUGUUUUCAAAUGAUGAUGUUAAAGUUUCACAAUGUUGGUUGAGUGUUUCUAACAGUGCAUCGCAACAUAAAAGUGACUUCGAAUUUCGAGUUGCCGAUGAAGAUACACCCAGCGGGACACGUUCACUGUUAGCCCUAUUCAAGGAACUAGAGCACGUUGAGGAGCUGAUACCCCCCGUGGCACAAAAUCCCGGUGCGCAUACCCCGUCCGCCCCACCGCGCAUCGGUGAAAUGCUUGCGCCUCGAACCAGUCGCAUACACUCGGAGAACACGAUGACUAUCAAUGCACUCUCCGAUCUGGUUUCAUUUGUUAACUUCAAGGAUGCAAUCUGUGACAUGGCUGCAAAUUUCGACGAUGGCGAAUCGAACAUGUCAGAGCACAGUGGCCGGUCAUCUAUCGUAGAGCGUUGUUCACCGUCUGCAGUUGAGGUGCAAAGGCUCCGUGCACAGCAACAAGUUCCUCCGCAGUCACCCAGUAACGAUCGUUAUCGUGCUGCGCAAAUCAAUCCAAUUCCCCAACUGUCACCGUUAGAGAUAGCUAGACAGCGGCUAGCCCGUUUUCAGCAAACUCCACUGAGCAACACUCCAGACGUGUUUGAAUUCGAUGAACCACCACGUAUGGCGAACGCUACAACUCCGGCAUCAGCAUCUACGUUCAGCCCAUCACAACAGUUUCAGUUUCCCGGAGGUGUCAGCCAAAGUGGUUAUCAAUUUGCAGCAAUACAGUCGACAAGAGGCUCGAUGACGGGCGCAGCUCCGCUAGUUAAACGACGUGGUCGUGGUCGUAAGGCGGCUAAUAUUGGCGAUCGAACGGGUAGCAUUGAUCACGCACACGCUACCGCUGUGCUAGAUCCAAGCACUGGGCUGAUGACACAGACUGCGACCAGGCGACCUCGAGGAACGGUUAGCACGCGUCGACCAAGACGUCCACGGAAAGCAGCUCAGCUGGCUGCAUCGCAGACAUAUACUCAUCAGUUCUCAUCCAUGGAGCGGCCGUUAUUGCAACGUUCCUUCUCAGACAUUCAUUAUUCACCGCAACUUUCGGCGCCUGCCCCAGCGUCGAUAGUGUCGCGAUCAGAAACCGUUUCUGAAGUUGACGGAAUCGAAGAAUCAUCCGAUGAAGAAACUGAUCCUCCACCACCGACCCGUUUAAAUGCGGCGCCGGCUCAACCACCUGCGCAGUCAGCUACAAGCCUGCCUCCACCCACAGCGAACCCACCCACCACCCCGUCGUCAACCGCCCUUCUCCCUCAACACCAACAAGCAACUGGAUCGUCUUCUGCUGCACCUUCCGUGUGUUGCUCACCAACCACGACUGUCACCAGUAAACAGGCCACUGCAAGUUCUGUAUCGUCGUCAGUUGCGUCAAGUGGUGGCAGCAGUACGGGAGCAAAUACACCAAUUGGAGCAUCACCGUCAACCGUUUCGUCAGGACAUAGUGGUGGGGGUGGAGGUGGGGGUUCGGCGAUCGGAACGCCAUCAUAUCAGUCGAAUUCGAAUAGAGCUCCAAAGAAGAGUACUCUCGAGGCAGUUGUUGGUAAACUGCACCAUAAAUCAUCGACUUCGGCUGCGGGCAGUACGGCCACGACCCCGACAUCGUCGAAUAAUCCAUAUGCCGCGUCUGAUUUGUACGACGAUGAAUCUGAACCACAGCAAACAACAGCAGCAAAGCCACAGCAGUCACCGCAUUUGAAACGUGAGGAUUCUGCACCACAGUUACAAGGAUUGUCAGGAUCAACGUCAGCGUCACCGCUCGGUGGAUCAGUUACAGGGGCUCGUGCUUCACCAAGUUCCAGAAUAACCCCAGCUCCUGGCUCGUUAUCGUCAACCUCAUCAGCAUCUGCUGGUGGAACAGCAACAUCCAUAACUGCUGUUGGAAUGCAAUCCACCGAUCAACAGCAGCAGCAACAGCAGGGAGCAGCACCUCAAUCGCAGACGCAAUCGAAUUUAUCACAGCAAAGCAAUUCGGAUCUUAAGAUCAUGAUUAAACUCAGACAACAAACAUCGGUCGCACCAACGACAACAUCAGCCAGCAAACAGUCCUCUGCUCAGCAACAACAGUAUCCAUCUACCAUAUCACCUUCAUUGCGUCUUACCGGACAACCGCCCUCCUCAUCGAGAUCUCGAGAGGAGAAAGCGCUGCUGAAGCAACGACAGCUGAAGGAGAAAGCUAGACUCCAGGAAGAACGCUCUCGGAAAGCAGCGAAACGUGAAAGGAAGAGUGAUUCAUCUGUACUUAGCAAGAAACAAAAGUUGGAUCGAGCAUCAUUGUCGUCGUCCAUUGAGCAAAGGCUGCAACCACCCCGAGUUGAACUUCCUCUCCAAGUUCCAGCCUUCGCAAGCCUUAAGAAUUUCAAAAUUCCUAAGGUGAUGGAAAAUGAACGAAGUGGUGAUUCAGCAUCGACAAGCACACAGUGUCAGUCACAGCAGUCAUCAAGCAGCACAUCCACUAAUAAUGCGAAUGUGAAUACGAGUAGUGCUAUUACGUCCACCCCUAGUAACAACACGGUCAGUAACGCUGGCACGACCUCAGUCAGUAACGCGCUCUCAACCACCGGCAGUACCUCAUCCUCUAUGUCCAUUUCGAAUGGUCAUCCGCCCCAGCUCCUUCAAAAUCAGCUCCCAUCUUCAUCCACCUCGUCAAUAUUUCCCUCACCACCGUCAUCCAAACCAACAAAGUCGAUUCUCAAGUCGUCAUCGGUCACUCCAAUGGACACUCAGCAAUCCGGACCUCCACCGCCAAAUAUGUACCGUUCGAUGCCAGUGUUGCCAAUGGUUCCUGGAAGUGGACGACGAGCCCUACUGCCGGAUCCACGUACUGUCAUGCAUCACCCUUCCAGAACGAUAUUGCCGCCGUCCAGAAUGAUGCAUCCUCCGAUGAACCUGUCGGCGAUCGCAGCACCACCACCGCCGUCGUCAACCGGUCGCUGGAUGGCACUCGCCCCUCCAAAACAACAACCCUCUCCCAAAAAUCCGAUUCUACCCGAGCAACUCCCAUCCUCCUCCCUCAGCUCAAACACGGACAAAAGUCCUGACUCGAACACAUUUUCGAAAUCGGCUGACAGUCCUUCUGAAGCACUGAAAAUCGUCGGUGAUGAUGAAUGA